AUGUGGGGCACGACUGUAGACGAGGCGAAGCUGUCAAACGCGGAGAAUCGCCAGCUCAACCAGUGGCAUAACGAGGUCCAACCCAGCACGACUGGCACACGUACACUUCACGAUGCACCCGGUGAAUCUGGGUCAAGUUCCGAUGAGGUCCGCGAAGGGACAUGGGGAGAGCACGAUGUGACUGUGCCCGAUGAGGGUCGGGCCAUGCAUGACUUUGAGGUCCUCAGGAGGGAGCUCACCGGCAUUUCCAGGUCACGGUCCAGAGCGAGCCAAGCAACACGAGGGACGAAAAGGCCAGCAUCUCAACCACGGCAACCUUCAGCUGGAAAAGACGACAUAGAAUCACAGGCUGGAGACCUCGACGAGAAAGAAGAUGACGACUUCGAGCUGGAGGAAUUCAUGCGGGAAGGCCAUUUCGAGAAGCGUAAGGAUGGAAAGUCGGCUAAGAAGGUUGGAGUCGUAUUCAAGAACCUCACUGUCAAAGGUGUGGGAGCCUCGGCCACUUUUGUCAGGACCUUACCACAAGCUGUUCUCGGCACCUUCGGCCCUGACCUCUAUCGACUCAUCUCUCGAUUCAUCCCUGCCCUGCGACUCAAGUCUGGCGAGACUCGCACCCUCAUCAAUGACUUCACUGGUGUGGUACGGGACGGCGAGAUGAUGCUAGUACUUGGAAGGCCUGGAUCUGGAUGCUCAACAUUCUUGAAGGCUAUCGCCAACAACAGAGAGUCCUAUGCGUCUGUCACAGGAGAGGUGUCAUACGGUGGCAUCCCUGCUUCCAAACAGAAGAAAAACUUCCGCGGAGAGGUUAAUUACAACAUGGAAGAUGAUGUCCAUUUUGCGAACCUGAAUGUAUGGCAAACAUUCGUAUUCGCUUUGUACACAAAAACAAAAAAGAAGGCCAGAGACGAGAUACCCAUCAUUGCAGAGGCACUGAUGAAGGUCUUUGGGAUAAGUCACACGAAGUAUACUCUCGUUGGAGACGAGUACGUGAGAGGCGUAUCUGGGGGUGAAAGAAAGCGUGUCUCGAUCGCAGAGACAUUGGCCUCCAAAUCCACAGUGGUAUGCUGGGACAACUCCACCCGUGGACUGGAUGCAUCCACUGCAUUGGAUUACGCCAAGUCGUUGAGGAUUAUGACCGAUAUAAGCGACCGCACGACACUGGUCACCCUAUACCAAGCCGGAGAGGGAAUUUUUGAAUUGAUGGACAAGGUGUUGGUCAUUGAUGCAGGUCGCUGUAUUUAUCAAGGACCAGCAAACGAGGCCCGGCAAUAUUUCACCGAUCUUGGCUUCAAAGCUCCAGAGCGUCAAACGACCGCCGAUUUCUUGACAGCUGUCUCCGACCCGAACGAGCGUCAGUUCCGUGAGGGUUGCGAGGCAAGCACGCCCAAGACGCCAGAAGAGCUCGAGAGGGCCUUUCGGGAGUCACGAUUCCAGAAGUUGGUAGAGGAAGACAUCCAGUCUUACGAGGCUUACCUUCAUGAGACCAAUCACGAGGAUGCGAGAGAGUUUGAACAGGCCGUUCGCGAGGACAAGUCCAAGACUGUCGCUAGCAAAUCCAGCUACACCGUCAGCUUCGUCCAGCAAGUGCUAGCUUGCACGAAGCGAGAAUUUUGGCUCCUACUCGGAGACACGACCACGCUCUACACGAAGCUCUUCAUCAUUAUCAGCAACGGUCUCAUCGUCGGUUCUCUCUUCUACGGACAGCCACUCACAACGGAAGGGGCAUUCUCUCGGGGUGGCUCCUUGUUCUUCUCCAUAUUGUUCUUGGGCUGGCUGCAACUCAGUGAGCUGAUGAAGGCCGUCAGUGGCCGAGCAGUUGUCGCACGCCACAAGGACUACGCUUUCUACCGACCCUCAGCUGUAAGCGUGGCCAGGAUUGUUGCAGACUUCCCCGUCGUUUUUGUUCAAGUCUGCAUAUUCACUAUCAUUAUGUACUUCAUGACUGGUUUGGAUGUCGUGGCUUCGAAGUACUGGAUAUAUCUUCUCUUCGUAUACACGACGACUCUCUGCAUUACUUCGCUGUAUCGGAUGUUCGCCAGUCUGUCUCCGACCAUCGACGAUGCCGUGCGCUUCUCUGGUAUCGCACUCAACCUGCUCAUCAUCUAUACCGGCUACGUUAUCCCUCGCACGCAGCUUUUGUCGGACUACAUCUGGUUCGGAUGGCUAUACUGGGUCAACCCAAUCGCUUACAGCUUCGAGGCAGUCAUGGCGAACGAGUUCUCCGAUCGCAAUAUGGAAUGUGCUCCCAACCAGUUGGUACCACAAGGUCCGGGGAUCGAUCCCGCCUUCCAGGGUUGCAGUCUCAGUGGCGCUGAGGUAAAUGCCAACUCGGUCAGCGGCGCAUCGUAUCUGCAGACGACGUACAACUACACUCGAGCAGAUCUCUGGCGCAACUUUGGGGUAGUCAUCGCUUUCGCCGUCGCGUACAUCAUUGUUACCAUUUUAGCUACCGAGCUCUUCUCGUUCGCUACUAGUGGUGGUGGUGCCAUAGUGUUCAAGAAGACAAAGAAGGCGAAACGUGUCUUGCAGAAGCAGCAAUUGGCAACAGCAACAAUCGACGCUGAGAAGAAUUCCGGUGGAGGAACGACACAGCGUCCGAAUGGGAAUGGCACCAUCACUGCCACCGAGGAGAAUGAAGCGCUCGAGUCGAUCUCCAAAAGCGAGAGCAUCUUCACCUGGCAGGAUGUCGAAUACACGGUGCCUUAUCAAGGCGGCGAGCGCAAGCUGCUGAACAAAGUCAGUGGUUACGCCAAGCCAGGUGUUCUAGUAGCCCUCGUGGGCGCCUCGGGCGCCGGAAAGACUACGUUGUUAAAUACCCUUGCCCAGCGUCAGCGCAUGGGUGUCGUCUCUGGAGAUAUGCUUGUCGAUGGCAGUGCUCUGGGCCUUGAGUUCCAACGUGGCACAGGCUUCUGCGAGCAGAUGGAUCUCCACGACGGGACAGCCACGAUCCGAGAAGCGCUCGAGUUCUCCGCCAUUCUCCGCCAAGACCGAAGCAUCUCGCGCCAGGAAAAGCUUGCCUACGUGGAUAAGAUCAUUGACUUGCUGGAGCUCACAGAGAUGCAAGAUGCUAUUGUCAGUAGCCUUGGUGUCGAGCAAAGGAAGCGACUCGCCAUCGGUGUUGAGCUGGCCGCCAAGCCACAGCUCUUGCUGUUCCUAGACGAGCCCACCUCUGGCCUUGACAGCCAGAGCGCUUGGAGUAUCGUGCGCUUCCUCAAGAAACUGUCGCAGGCUGGUCAAGCUAUCUUGUGCACGAUUCAUCAGCCGUCCUCGCAGCUCAUACAGCAAUUUGACAUGAUUCUGGCUCUGAACCCGGGUGGUAAUACAUUCUACUUCGGCCCGGUUGGAGAGAACGGCAGCGCCGUGACCAGAUAUUUUGCGGACCGGGGCGUGAUUUGCCCGCCGAAUAAGAACGUCGCCGAAUUCAUCCUCGAGACGGCAGCCAAGAAGCCGAAGAGGGAAGAUGGCACACGCAUUGACUGGAACGAGGAAUGGCGCAAGAGCCAAGAAGCGCAGGACGUGCUCUCUGAGAUCAACAGCCUCAAACUCACCAGGAGCAAGUCGGCCGGUGCGCACAAGAAGAAAGACGACGAGACGGAGUUCGCCGCACCGGUGUGGGAGCAGACGAUAAUGCUGACGAGGCGACUGUUCACGCAAUACUGGCGCGACCCAUCUUACCUGUACGGAAAGCUGUUCGUGGCCGUCAUUGUAGGCAUCUUCAACGGCUUCACAUUCUACCAGCUCGGAAACACGGUGCAGGAUAUGCAGAAUCGAAUGUUCUCUGUCUUCCUGAUCAUCACAAUCCCGCCGACUGUUGUCAACACCGUUGUGCCCAAGUUCUUCCAGAACAUGGCCCUCUGGCAGGCGCGCGAGCAUCCCUCCCGAAUCUAUGGCUGGUUCGCUUUUACAACCGCCCAGGUUGUAGCCGAGAUCCCCAUCGCGGUGGUCUGCUCCGUGCUCUACUUCCUACUCUGGUACUUUCCUGCAGGCCUACCGACCGAUUCGUCGACUGCGGGGUAUGUCUUCCUCAUGACGAUGCUGUUCUGGCUCUUCAUGAGCAGCUGGGGCCAGUGGAUCUGCGCCUUCGCGCCCAGCUUCACCGUUAUCUCCAACGUGCUGCCCUUCUUCUUCGUUAUGGUCUCGCUGUUCAAUGGUGUCGUGCGGCCGUACUCUAUGCUCCCUGUCUUCUGGCGCUACUGGAUGUACUACAUCAACCCUUCGACUUGGUGGAUUGGCGGCGUGCUGGCUGCGACGCUGCACAACACCCCCGUGCAAUGCGCGCCGUCCGAAACGGCCCGUUUCGACGUCCCCUCAGGCCAGACAUGUCAGUCUUAUGCGGGCUCUUUCGAAGGAGCAACACAUGGCCGUCUGCUGAAUCCGGACGCCACUGCGGACUGCCAGUAUUGUGCGCUGACCAGCGGGGAUCAGUACUUGGCCCAACUGAACGUGGCGGCAGGGGACAAAUGGAGAGACUUUGGAAUCUUUUUGGCCUUUGUGAUUAGUAAUUGGGCGCUGGUUUACUUCUUCAUCUACACCGUGAGGAUCCGCGGCUGGAGCUUUGGAUUCGGAAGAUUGUUUGGCGUGCUUGGAAAAGGUGUCGACGGUUUCAAAGGUUUGUUCCGGCGCAAAUCCGUGGAUGAGCGGGCAUAG